AUGGGGGAACAGACCUUUAAUAUAGAUGACAAUAAUCUAGAACAACAUAUUGUGACUUUGUUUGAGAAGUUAGAGUGUUUACGUCGCGAUGCGAGUUCGAAUAGUGACAACGUGUUGUCUGGACGAGUGCCGGCUAGAUUGGAAGUGAGGACACUUUCUUUAUGGAAGGCUGUUGUUGCGGAAUGUGCGGCAUCCUUCCUGUAUGUUUUUAUCGUGUGCGGGGCCGCAGGCGGAGCGGGUGUCGGCGCGUCCGCCUCAGCUGUGCUCCUCUCCACUGCACUCGCUUCCGGCUGUGCUAUAGCCACCUUAACACUCUGCUUUGCUCAUAUAUCUGGUGCACAUGUGAAUCCAGCUGUGUCAGUGGCGUUAUGCGUGCGUAGACGCGUGUCGCCGCUUCGGACUGCGCUAUAUGUGGCGGCUCAGUGCGGUGGCGCUAUAGCGGGGUCCGCGGCAAUAUAUGGG